AUCUCGUUAGAUCGUUGCCAACUGCGUUGCGACUCACGUUCGACCAUAUGUUCGAAUCUCCCACUACCGACAUUCAGUUGGGUGCAUUGUUUGACGGAAUCGUCUCUUUCAGAUGGGCUUGGCCUAGAUUGGACCAGUUUCACCGUUUUACCUGCCUUGCACCUAUUCUUGCGUCCAAGGACCAUUCUAUG